UAUGAAAAAAGAAAAUAGCCGAUUGGAUCGGAAAUCCUUGUCGGAAAGGAGAGCAGCCGAUUCAUUGCCUCUUCCUGCACCUUUGCCAAAGAGAGCUGAUUUUGGCCACUACUAUCCCGAUGGUGGAUUCGGAUGGGGAGUUUUGGCUGUAGCUUGUUUAUCUCAUUUGGUAUUUGGCAUGCAUUUUGCUUUCGGAUCAUUAACAGAGAAUAUCAAAGGAAAAUUCAAGAUAGACGAUUCUUUAGCAGGUUGGCUGGUCAUUUUUUUCUUUAAACCUUAUACUCAUAUUUUUCCACUUUGAUAAUAUGUACGUUAGAAGAGUUCUCUCUUCAUUUCCUCCCCAUCGAUUUUCCCUUCUCUUCCUUCCCUCAUAUUGUCUCCUGUUGUAAAUUCCAGUCUGAAAAAUUUAACCAAUAGGAUGAGUUUAAAAGAGAAAUACAGAAGAACCGGAAAAGAGAAAUAAUCAGCAAAUCAGAAUAAUUUCGUUCCCUCUUUUCCACUUAGGCAACCUUUACGUGUUUCAAGUAUAACGUCUUACCGAAUUAAUAAGAUUCGAUACGUAUCAUCAAUUUCUGUUUGUUUGAUGAAUAUUGCUUAAUCAUGCAUUAAUAACCAUAUCCAGUACAUAU